AUGUGUAGGUGUUGUUACGUGGGUAGGGGGUAGCGUAAUGAGAAAGUAAGGGUAAAAACAAGUAGGAGUUGAUAAGACAAGUGGUAGUGGGGUUGAACACGCGUGCGCGCAAGAUCGGUACACAUCUUAAGCCGAUAGCCGAUAGUCACCAGCUGUGUAAGCUACCAGCCACGGCUCCUCGUCGUCUCCCAAUACCUUUACAUCGUCCACGUAAGAAAAUAAUAAUUAAUAAACCACCAGUUCAGUGCCAAUCAAUCAGUAAUGGAGCCGUCUAAAAUAAAAGAUGAAAGUUUAAGUUAAGUGUCACUCCAUACAAAAAAUAUUUAUCACAAGCAUAAAACUAGUUCCCACGUUUACAUAUUAUUGUAAAUUCCAAAUAUAAUAACAAUAAUAACUCGGAGUAUGUUUAAAAAAAAAUGUUUCCCUCCGUGAAAGUGUCUGGUUAAAUUCACCUUGGGACUGGUGUCGUUCCCACGAUACAAUCGUCGACAUCCAGAUCAAAAUUACCAUCCAGAUCCAGAUUCAAAUUAUCAAUCCUGGAGCUCAUAUUAUAUAUAUAUAACUAACUAAAUAAAUAACAAUGACAACCAGGGAACUCUACGUCAAGGGUGCAAGAGUAUGGAUCCAACACCCAGAAAAAAUAUGGGAAGGAGCUGUCCUUCUGGAAGACUAUAAAUCCACAGAUACGACAAUUAAACUACGUGUAGAUGACACCAAGGAUCAACGAGUCAUUGAAGUAAAAGCGGACAGUGACCUUCCGCCACUGCGGAACCCGGACAUAUUAAUAGGAGAAAAUAAUCUCACCUCAUUGUCCUUUCUCCAUGAGCCGGCGGUUCUUUAUAACCUGCAGGUCAGGUUCCAGCGGCGGUGCAUCUACACUUACUGUGGAAUAGUCCUGGUGGCAUUUAAUCCCUAUGACGAGCUUCCAAUAUACGGCAAUGACACAAUAUGGGCGUACCGUGGUCAAGCAAUGGGGGAUUUGGAGCCCCACAUCUUUGCGGUCGCCGAGGAGGCCUACACCAAGUUGGAGCGUGAGCUGCAUGAUCAGUCAAUUAUCGUAUCCGGCGAGUCCGGAGCCGGAAAAACCGUAUCUGCAAAAUAUGCGAUGCGUUAUUUUGCGACAGUGGGCGGAUCCUCGACUGAGACGCAGAUCGAGAAAAAAGUUCUCGCCUCCUCGCCGCUAAUGGAGGCGUUCGGUAACGCCAAGACCACGAGGAACGAUAACUCAUCACGCUUUGGUAAAUUUAUAGAGAUCCAGUUCAACAAAAAUUAUCACAUCACCGGCGCAUCAAUACGUACAUAUUUAUUAGAAAAGUCACGUGUCGUGUUCCAAGCACACCAAGAACGUAAUUAUCACAUAUUUUAUCAACUGUGUGCCGCAGCAACGUCUCCAUCCGCGCAAUCCAGUCCAGCAGACUUGUCAGCGCGUCUAAAAAAUUUACAAUUAGACCACGGUAGUAAUUUUCAUUACCUAAAUCAAGGAAACUGUUUUACAAUUGACAAUCUUGAUGAUUCUCGUGCGUUCCAAGACACGCUGUCAGCAAUGACCCGUCUGGGAUUCGAGUCCAAGCAACAAGACGACGUAUUCAAAAUAAUAGCGGCAAUUCUUCAUCUGGGUAAUGUCCAAAUACGCCAAGAUCCACAGGCUUCUGAAGGUGGGGACAGCGAAGGAUGCACAAUAGCCUCAAAUGACCGACAUCUUAACAUACUGGCCCAGCUAAUGGGCAUUGAUCCCGCGGCAAUGCGCAAGUGGCUCUGUCACCGGAAAAUCGUUUCCAUGCGCGACGUUAUUUUGAAGCCGAUGAAUGUUGAGCAAGCCAUCGGAGCUCGCGAUGCUCUGGCAAAACACAUCUACGCCGAGUUGUUCAACUUUAUUGUCCACGGGAUCAAUGAAUCGCUGCGAAGCAAAGUUAAAGCCCUGUCUUUCAUCGGUGUGCUGGAUAUAUACGGAUUCGAAACCUUUGAAAUAAAUUCAUUCGAGCAAUUUUGUAUAAAUUAUGCUAAUGAAAAGUUACAGCAGCAAUUCAAUCAACACGUAUUCAAACUCGAGCAAGAAGAGUAUUUAAAAGAAGAAAUCGAGUGGACGUUUAUUGAUUUUUAUGAUAAUCAACCGUGUAUUGAUUUAAUUGAAACUAAGCUGGGUAUUUUGGAUUUGUUAGAUGAAGAGUGCCGCAUGCCACGUGGUUCCGAUGACUCAUGGGCCGAAAAACUCUACUCAAAGUGCGUAAAAUCCAAGCACUUUGAACGCCCGCGAUUUGGUACCAAUGCUUUCUUGAUUCAUCACUUUGCAGACUUGGUUGAGUACUCGACAAUCGGAUUUCUUGAUAAAAACCGCGAUACCGUCAUGGAGGAGCAGGUAGACGUGUUGCGAUCAAGUGACAACAAAUUACUGAAACAAUUAUUCAACGAUGAUCCGCCAAAGCUGUCAGUUCCCAACAGCGGGAGUCAGCAUACGAAGCUAAAGAUAUCAGCGCAGAAGCCUCUGGCGAAUUUGGCGCCAAAGCAAAACAAGAAGACCGUCGGGUCACAGUUUCGGGAUUCGUUAAAUAUGUUGAUGUCAACGUUGAAUGCGACGACACCCCACUACGUCCGAUGUAUAAAACCAAAUGACUCAAAGGAAUCUUUUGAUUACGAUGCCCAGAGAUCUAUCCAACAGCUUCGUGCCUGCGGAGUGUUGGAAACAAUCAGAAUUUCAGCAGCCGGUUUUCCAAGUCAGCGAACGUACGCGGAUUUUUUUUUGCGAUACCGCUGCUUAUGUCCAUUCAAAGAAAUUCUAAGAGACGAUUUAAAGGAAACUUGCCGACGUAUAUUAAAGUAUUACAUAAAGGACGAGGAUAAAUUUAAAUUUGGUAAGACAAAAGUACUUUUUAGAGCGGGGCAGGUUGCGUACUUGGAAAAACUGCGGAGUGAGAAGCAACGAGACGCGUGUAUGAUGAUACAGAAACGUGUAAGAGGUUUUAUAAUGCGUAGGCGUUAUCAACAGGUGCGUAGAGCUGUCAUGGGACUGCAGAGACAUGCGAGGGGGUACCUGGCACGCGCUGAAGCCCAAAGAAUCAGACGCGAACGCGCUGCUGUUAAAAUUCAAACCUGUGUACGAGGCUGGGUCACGCGUACGAAAUACCAACGAGUAAGACGCACGAUAAUUAGUCUCCAGAGGUACGCACGUGGUCUUUUGGCGCGCAGAAAGUACGCGGUGAUGAAGGACAAUGCGGCUGCGACGACCAUCCAAAGAUUCGCUCGCGGUUAUUUAGUUCGUAUGGCGGUAAAGCAGAAAAUAAACAAUAUUAUUAUUGUCCAGUGUUGUGUUCGUAAGUACUUGGCUCGGAAAGUCUUCAGGCGUCUCAAAGCUGAAGCCAAGAGUGUUGAGCAUGUAAAGACACUUAAUAAAGGUCUAGAGAAGAAAAUUAUAUCGAUGCAGCACAAGAUUAAUGAGAUACUGAAAGAGAAUCACGCGCUGAAAAUUGUUCAGACAGAGGUAGCGGAUCUUAAAGUCAAGUUGGAGGCGAUGAAAGCCGUGGAGCUGGAGAAUAAAAGACUCGUGGGUAUUCUCAUUGAAAAAGAUCGUGAAUUGGAAAUUAUUGCUGAGACCGUUAAGCGGGAGCAGGAUGAAAAGAUGGAUCUGCUGUUGGAGCGUGAGAAGUUGAUUAAAGAUAAGGAGGAGGAAAAUAAGAGGCUGUGUGAGGAGACGGAGAGACUGAAGAAGGAGUUGGCAGAAGCCAAUGAGAAACUGAAGGAUGACCAACGUGGCGCUGAAGAGAAUCUUAAGCACAGAUUGGAGCAGGAAAAAGAUUUGCUGCUUAUGGAUCACGACCAAGAUCGCGGCGCUUACCAGAAGCUGUUGAAGGAUUACCAGGAUCUGGAGGAACAUGUCGAAGUGCUGGAGCGUAAAUUGGCGCUGCAUGCUCCUGGAGAAGGUCACUCGAGGUCGCUGAGCAACGCGUCCAGUGGAAGUGUCGGUCAAGCUGCUUCUACUGACGUUCCUGAGGAAAGUAUCGACUUUGGUUAUGGUUCAGUAAGAUCUACGAUGUCUUCAACAGCUUACUCGAGAGUUGAGGCAAUCGAUUGGCAUCAAAGACGAUCCGAGAGUCCGCCAGACGGCGAAGCUCAGCCUACAAAGGUUCCAAUUGAAAAUGGAGCUGUCAUCAACGGAGUACCAGUUGACGUGGGCCUGGUGCUGAAGCUACAGCAAAAGCUCAAAGACGUCGAGAGCGCUUACGGACGAUUGGUAAGGACUAUGGAAGACUUGGAACGCGAUAGCAGUGAAGAGGGCUUGAGAACUCAGGACACUUUCAAGUUGGAAGAGUUGGAAAUGGAAAAUGCCCAGCUGAAGAAAGAUCUAGGGUCACUGAGGAAAGCUGUCGUCGAUGGAGACGUCACUGCAGCCCAGAAGGAACUCAUGGGACAGUUCGAUGCUCUGCAGGAAGAGUUGGAACGACGUAGAGAAGAGUGUAUUCAGCUGCACAGUGUCCUGGCAGACAACACCAAGAGGAUGAAGAGCCUGGGGUCCAAUUACGGACGGGAUGUUGACAUCAUCAAUGAAGAUGGAGAGCUGGCACUUGCUUUCGAAGCGCAAAAGAAAAUUAACCGACAAUUGGAAGACGAGUUGCAAUCAAAGGAAAAAGGCUGGAGAGAUCAGCGGAAUGAGUGGAGGAAUGAAAUUGAUAGGCUGCAAGAUGAAAUAAUGAAGCAGCAAAAAUUGUUGAGUGUCAAUUUAAGCAACACGCCCCAGACCCAGACUGAAGCCUUCAUGCAGCAUGAAAUUGUUAAAAUAACUGCUGAAUACUUGGACUUGCAAGAAAAAUACGACAAAGUUACUGAAGAGUGCCAUAAAUUGAAGAAAAGAUGUAGAAUAUUUGCCAAACGUCUGCGCGAUGCCGGAUUGCCAGACACAGUAGACCCAGCGCCAAAUCAGUCAUUUAUAACUCAGCAGUCAAAUGGAACAGUGAUGCCAGCAAUAAGAAAAAAAGAACGCGAUUACGAGGGAAUGUUUGAAUUCCGGAAAGAAGACAUCACUGCUAUUAUUCGCAAUCUUGUCAUCGAACUGAAACCAAAGGUAGCAGUGACAUUACUACCAGGACUACCAGCGUACAUUUUGUUCAUGUGCAUCCGUCACACUGACUGCAUCAAUGACGACGAUAAAGUGACGAUGCUUUUAACCGGCUACCUGAAUGCCGUCAAACGAGUUAUCAAAAAGCGAGAUGACUUUGACUCAACGGUUCUCUGGCUGUCGAACACACUGAGGAUCCUCCAUAAUUUGAAGCAGUACUCGGGCGACAAACCUUUUCAAAUGGAGAACACGGCCCGUCAGAACGAGCAGUGCCUCAGGAACUUUGACCUCAGUGAGUACAGAUCAGUGCUAAGUGACGUCGGUGUCUGGAUAUUCGGCCACGUGAUGACCAUUCUGAGGGAACGGAUCCAAGCAUUGACGGUUCCGGCCUUGUUGGAGCACGAGGCCAUCACCGGGUUGAAUUCCAAAUCCGGAAGACCGCGAUCGUCUUCAGUGGGCGAGGAACCAGAGUCGACGCAACAGAAACUCAACAAGUUACUGGAUGAGCUGGGGCUAAUUCACAAAACUCUCCAGUAUCAUGGCGUCGACAGAGAUGUUAUCAUCCAAGUAUUCAAACAAUUGUUCUACUUUAUGUGCGCCAGUGCCCUUAAUAAUUUACUGCUGAGAAACGAGCUGUGCCAUUGGGCCAAGGGAAUGCAGAUACGGUAUAACAUCAGUCACAUUGAGCAGUGGGCAAGGGAUGAGCAACUGGUACCAGCUAUUGAGUCUCUGCAACCGAUAAUUCAGGCUGCGCAAUUGCUACAGGCGAGAAAGACUGAGGAUGAUGUCAGUGCCGUAUGUGAAAUGUGCAAUAAGUUGUCAGCUAAUCAGAUUAUUAAAAUUUUGCAUUUAUACACGCCGGCUGAUGGAUAUGAAACCCGAGUUCCUGUUACUUUUAUUCAAAGUGUGCAGGAUAAAUUAAAAGAAAGACAAGAAAACAACGAACAGUUGCUAAUGGACCUAAAGUUUUCAUAUCCAAUAAGAUUUACCUUCAACCCCUCGAACAUAAGACUAGAAGACAUCGAAAUACCGCCGGCACUUAAUUUACCUAUGCUCAAGAAAAUUUAAAUAAAAUUAUAGGUGAAUUUAAAAAAAACUUAUUAAAUAACUUUAGUUAAACAAUUAAUUGAAUUGUGCAAAUACCUGCACAUUUUGUACAAUAUAAUUUUAUUAUUUUUUACUUUUAAUAUUUAUUGUACUUAAUAUUUAUUUUAAAAAUCACUCGUUAAUUAAUCAAUCAAUUGGUUACUAUAAUUAAUAAUUAAUAACUUAUUAGUUUUAAAUACUUAAUUAAUGAGUGAUGAAAAUGUGAUUGACUGCUAGAACGGCAGAGGCAAUUAUAAGUAUGUACUUAAGCACAUUCCAUUUAUUUAUUAACAGAUAAAUAAAUAUAUAUAGAAAAAAAUAAAUAAUUUAUUGUACAAUGACAAAAAAAAAUUAUGCAAUGUUACAGAUGGUAUAUAUUGUUAUGAAUUGAUAAAUUUAUUUGAAAAGGGAGCGACGAUUGUUAUGAGAAUGUUAAAAAAAUAUAUAUUUUUUUUUGUUAAUAGAUUGUAAAAUAAAAAAAAUGAAUGUGUGCCAUUCCAUCUUAAUUAAUUAUAUAUAAAUAUAUAGUUUUCCUAAUCGAUCUGUGAUUGAUUUAAAUAGUACAUUACACACCAAGGAAAAAAUAUAUUUUGCUUCUUUGGUAUGUAAUGUACUAAUUGUUUUCCUUAUUAGCUAAAUGAAAAGACCAACAAUAAUUUUUUUAUUACAAUCAUUUUAUUUUGUUAAUUACUGGUAAUAUAAACGUUAAGCGUAGCGGCGUGAAAAUAAUUAUGGUUUAAAUGCGUGAUAAUUAAUUUAAAAUUGUAAUACAUAUUAUAAUUUCAAUAAGUAAUGAUUAAAAUUUAUUAGAAUGUUAAUAAUUGAUGUAAAAAAUAAUAAAUGACCAUUUAUUAAUGAAUUCAUUCA